AUGGUGGAAGAAUUCAAGGUGGCCAAGUGUAGAUUGGUUAUGAACCUGAAGGACUCCAAAGAUAUCAAGGUACAGAAAGCUGGAGUGGUCACAAGGACAGGCCGGAAAUGGUCAGCUGGUGCUACAGUUAGCAAAGCUGAAAAUACGCUGGAGUUACAAGACAUCGUGGGAAACAUCUGUGUUGGUAAACGAGGAUUGGGAGUCGAUCACUUCCAGCAGUGGAGCAAAGCAGAAGGAAAGGAAAAGAGAGACAGAAUUGUAUCUGUGGUGAGAUCAGAGGAGGAACAGCAGCGCAAAAGUAGAGCAGUUGAGUUAGGACAGCAAGGAUCAUGGACGCGGUGGAAUCUUCCGGAACGCAAGAUUACAUGGACAGACUUGUGGAAAAUGGAACCUCUCAGGAUAUCCUUCAUGCUCAGGUCUGUGUAUGACACACUGCCAAUUUCAAGCAAAUUGUGUAGAUGGGGUCUUCUGGAAGAUCCAGCUUGUUCCUUGUGCGGUGGAAGAGGCACACUUGCACAUGUCUUAUCAGGCUGUAGAGUAGCCCUCCGGCAGGGACGGUACAGAUGGCGUCAUGACCAGGUUCUAGCUGCCCUAGCAGAUAUUCUGGAAAAGGAGCGGCGUCAGAAGAGGUCACUGAUAGAACAUCGUAAACCUCACAUACAGUUUGUGAGAGCUGGAGAGAAGGGACCACCAACUACUACUGCAUAUCAUGUGAAUGUACUCACCCAAGCACCAUCCUGGGAAAUGAGAGUAGACCUCAACAAGCGUCUCGUCCUUCCUGAUUUAGUGCAAACCACUCUGAGACCAGACAUUGUGAUAUGGUCACAACAGCGCCAGAAGGUUAUCUUGGUGGAGCUGACGGUUCCAUGGGAAGAAGGGUGUGAUGAGGCACAUGAGAAAAAAGCUGGCAAAUACCAAGAGCUUGCAGAGCUGUGCAGACAUAAGGGAUGGAACACAUGGCUGUUUCCAGUAGAGGUCGGUGCCAGAGGAUUCCCUGCACAGUCAGUAUGGAGGAUGUUCCAGAAAUUGGGACUGACAGGAGCAAAGAGGAAAGCAGCUAUUAAGACCUUGGCUGAAAGGGCUGAGAGAUCAUCAUGCUGGCUUUGGUGUAGACGAGAUGAGCCAAACUGGAACCCAGACAACAGCAAGCAGUGA